CUGUCGGCGCAUCCUCCUCGCAGGGAAAGAGAAAGCGUGAGAGCACAAUUCAAGCUCUAUUUUGAAUCUUCUCGUGACGCUCCUCCUGCAGGCCAAGAGCCUUGAGUGUAACCACGCUUGCCAUGGAGAAUCCGUGUCAGGAAUCUCACCGUGGGAGGAUUCCUCAGUAUCUGUCCGCCAUCUACGAAUGGAGCAAUGUAGGGGAGCUUGAGCGAUGCGUUGAGGAAGCUUUUACACAAAGUUAGAGGUCGUUGAUGAAGCUCGGUGUCUGCUUGCUUAGCCCGUGUGUGAAGAGACAGUGUGUUUUUCUUUUUAUAGUUCUCGGGGGUUAUAUCUCUGUACAAUUUCUUGUUUAGGUUGUGAAUCCGCUGCCGGUUCCGUUGACAGGCGCCUUUGUUGUGGAGUUUUUUUCUUUUUUCUUUUUUCUCUCUGAAGGCAAAGUCAUCAACGGAAAUGGCUACAGUAUGGAUAUCAGCGUCCCCAUUCGACAUUGUUGCUGUGAUUGUGGAAGUGUAGUCUUCGGUGGUGUCUCAGGGAGGACGCAGGUUUACGAUGUGCGCUCUAAGUUUCUGCUUGAAUGUAGAAAAUCAAGACGCAGAUGUAUAGGGUCCAAGUGAUCCUUCGAGGGUGUGAUACAAGUUGGUGAUGUUUGAGAAAUGUGAAGGUUGUGAGCGAGUUGAAGAUUAUUUGAGAUGGCACAAGCUGCUGGGCACGGAGGUGGAGGGAGAAAUUUGAGAAUUAGUCCCCACGAAACACCGCGAAUCAGUAACAUAACCUCUUCAUUCCGCAAUUUUCUCGGGCUUCGGAAAACAACAAGUCCGGGCUCUAGCUUGCACAGCUCUUCAUCAGAACCGCUAAGCUCACGACCCUCCGAUGCAAGCUUUUCGGAAGUGGAAGGUGCAUGUUUGGGUGCCUUGAAGCUUAACCUUGGUACAGUGUCGUUAGAAAGAGAUCCCUCUCAAAACGCAGAGGCAGAGAUUAGCAUUUGCAGAUGCUUCAGCAGUAGUAGAUUGCACGAAUCGCGUCGAGAGAACCAGAACGUUGUUACGUUGGCCUUCGACGCGAGCGUGAGGGAGAUCUCUCAUGCAGGCAUUAUCUGGGCGAUGGAGCACACUCUCAAGAGAGGCGAUGUUCUUACCAUUGUCUCUGUUUUAAGCUCUAUCCGCGGGCCAUUUGGGAUACCGAUCAAGGUUGGCGACCAGAAAUGGCUGACUGCCAACCAGAAGCUCGUGGAGGAAGAGAUUCGUUGCAAGAUAAAUAUGUGGAAAGAAUUUCCAGGGCUACAGUAUCGGUGCGAGGAAGGAGGCUUACAGCUGGUGGUAAUCGUGAAAGCAGCGCAUCGGCCAGAGGUGGCUAUUGUCAAAGAAGCCAUCAAACAGGGCGCGGCGCAUGUGGUGCUUGACAAGAGCUUGAAGAACCGGAGACGAGAGUUUUACCUUCAAAACCUUACAUGCUGCGUGACCAGAAUGCGGAGAAGUGGAGGAGUACAAGUCAUCCGGUCCAGCUCAGAGCCACAUUCCCCAACCUCCGUGAUUCCAUCACCGCGUUUGAGCUAUGGAGACCAGGUUGCUGAAUUCGAGAACACCUUGGGAACCAAACGGCUUUCCCUGCCUCUGGUUGCAGCUUCUUUGUCAUCCUCCUCGCAACGUUCAAGUAUUGUAAGGCAUAACUUGUCAUCGUCCUUCAAAUCCACCUCCACUGUCACCGAUCACCACGACAUAGAUGACGACCUCUUCAGCAUCUAUCACGGCGCCACCCGCCAUAACGAACUCGCCACCGAGCUCCUUGUCACGAAUACACGCCCGUCGUGUUACGAGAGCGACGAGCUUUUUGCCAGCGGCAAUGCCGAUACAACAUCCACGAAUUCCAACCUUGCCAUCACUGAGCCUUUGACGCAGGUCGUAAUUUCGAGAGUGACUUUUGUAGUCGGGUUGGCCCAAUCCGUGGAGAUUAUCCUCCGCGGUGCGCUUCGGCCAGGAGAGGGUUUGUUAGUAGGAUCGUCACCCUCAGCAUUGUUUCUCUUGCAAGGAGAUGCUAUGUCGUGUCACAGAUUGAGCGCCGGCACGUCAGGAUCCUAUAUCGCCAUGGAGGGGAGAAUGGCGAUGAAACUCGCGUACCUGGAGUCUGACCAACGAGUUCUAGCGGUGGAUACCUACGGCCGGGUGAGAUCCAUACCGAUAGACCACGCAAUUACAACUGCGAAGCCAUUGGUGUUAGUCGAAGCGCACAGCGAGGGACGACGACAUAGUGUGAUGCUCCAUCACAGCGAUUCUCUGUGUUUGAGUGCACAGUACGGCACAGGUGAAGCGGGAGCGGUGAGGAUAUCUGUCAAAAGCUUGAAGAUUGGCGACAAUGUUUUGUUGCGAUUAAGAUCAACCGAACCAUCUCAUGCCAUCUGUCUUCAAGCUCUUACCUCUGAAUAAUCUACUUCCAGUUUUUACACUAUCUCCUGGAGCGAUUCAGAUGAGCUAUUCCGAGGAUUCAUUCGAAGCUGCUGAGGAGAAUUGAGCGAUCCAACUUGUAAUUUUAGAACAUGUAGAGCUGCGUUCGAAUUCCUCUUUAGAAUAUGCUGAAAAUACUCGAGAAUUCUCCACUCACCUGACUUAUUUAUGGACGAACGUGACGGUGGGCAGCAGAUGAACUUGGCAGUGUCGCAGGAGACUGUACACGAUGUACAGUUGUCUUACCUUGUGGGCAUGUCGAACGACAACUUAAGUCUAACUGAGGCUGCAGAUUGUGCCGAAUUCGGUCGUGCGUUUAGCCAAACUGUCUUGGACUAUCAAGACUUAGAACCUUAUUCAGUUUUGCCUUGUUCUUGCGAAUUUACAAGUCAGAUGUUAGUCUCCUGGUUGAAAUUGCCGGGCCUUGCAUCCUCGACGAUGCCCUGGUUUUACUCCUUAGAGCCCUUGUUGUGAACCUUAUUUGAAGCUUAAGUUUGCAGUA